GGGGUCGCUGUUUGCUCGGAGCAGUCGCCCCCGCGGCCCGCACCUCCUACGGCCCCGCUGGCCCAGCCCCGCCAAGUUCCAACAGCCCCCAGUCGAGCGAGCGCCGGGGACAAGCACCGCCCGGGCAGGAGCGCACGGCGCAGACGAGCCGAGCUUCGGCGGGCGUUGGAGAGGCUCCUGGGAAACUCUCACGGCCCGGGGACUUUGGCGAGGACAGAGUGCACGGCCCGGCGCGUGCGAGUCUGCAAGCGAGCACUCAGCCGGGCACCUGUUCCUCCCGCGCCGCCGCCGCCUUCCCACCCCUCAGACCUGUGCCUCCCGGGGCGCCCGCCCUCCAGCUCCGCGAUGAAUCCGGUGCUGGGCAACCAGACCGACGUGGCGGGCCUGUUCCUGGCCAACAGCAGCGAGGCGCUGGAGCGCGCCCUGCGCUGCUGCACCCAGGCGUCCGUGGUGACCGACGACGGCUUCGCCGAGGGCGGCCCGGACGAGCGCAGCCUGUACAUCAUGCGAGUGGUGCAGAUCGCGGUGAUGUGUGUGCUCUCGCUCACGGUGGUCUUCGGCAUCUUCUUCCUCGGCUGCAACCUGCUCAUCAAGUCGGAGGGCAUGAUCAACUUUCUGGUGAAGGACCGGAGACCGUCCAAAGAGGUCGAAGCGGUGGUCGUGGGGCCCUACUGACCGCCCUCCGGCCUUCCCGCGGGCGCCCCUCACCGCCCCCACCUCGCCAGCCCCGCUGCGCCCCUCACCAUCAGAGCCCGGCCGAGGCAAACCUGUCGGAGUCAACUGUUUCUCUGGACUUCUAUUUUAGUAUAUAUGCUGCAGAAGCGAGCACUCUGGACUUCUCCUUGCCGGACCAA